CAAUUGCAGCACCCCCGCGCUGCUUUAAGGCCAGCCUCUUCCGGGGCGGUGUCCGCUGCGCGCGUGCGCCUCCACCGCCUUGCCGCCAAGGAGCCGUUUCCGCCUCGGACCCCGCGAUCGGCGUAGCUUUACGUUUCUGCGGAUCUUCCGCCAUGGCUCGAAAUGCAGAAAAGGCCAUGACGGCCUUGGCGAGAUUUCGCCAAGCUCAGCUAGAAGAAGGAAAAGUUAAGGAGCGAAGGCCUUUUCUUGCUUCAGAAUGUAAUGAACUGCCAAAAGCUGAGAAAUGGAGGCGGCAGAUUAUUGGUGAAAUUUCCAAGAAAGUGGCACAAAUUCAAAAUGCUGGCUUAGGUGAAUUCAGAAUUCGUGACUUGAAUGAUGAAAUUAACAAACUCCUAAGAGAAAAGGGGCACUGGGAAGUCCGGAUAAAGGAGCUGGGAGGACCCGAUUAUGCAAGAAUUGGUCCCAAAAUGCUUGAUCAUGAAGGGAAAGAAGUUCCAGGAAACAGGGGUUACAAAUAUUUUGGAGCUGCUAAAGAUUUGCCGGGGGUCAGAGAGCUUUUCGAAAAAGAACCCCUUCCUCCUCCCAGGAAGACACGAGCUGAACUUAUGAAGGCUAUUGAUGCAGAAUACUAUGGCUACAGAGAUGAGGAUGAUGGUGUCCUGGAACCGUUGGAGCAGGAACAUGAAAGGAAAGUUAUUGCAGAAGCAGUGGAAAAAUGGAAAGCAGAGAGAGAAGCGCGGCUUGCAAGAGGUGAUAAAGAAGAAGAGGAGGAGGAAAUAAACAUCUAUGCAGUAAAUGAUGAUGAGUCUGAUGAAGAAAGCGGAAAGGAAAAAGAAGGAGAGGACAGUCAGCAGAAGUUUAUUGCUCAUGUCCCAGUGCCAUCACAACAAGAGAUUGAGGAAGCUCUUGUCCGAAGAAAGAAGAUGGAACUUCUUCAGAAGUAUGCCAGUGAAGCUCUUAUGGCUCAAAGUGAAGAGGCUAAGAGACUUCUAGGACUGUAGCGUGUGUUGAGACAGUUCUGUUUUAUAAUCCAUCCUAAAGCAUCCUGGGAGCAGUUGCUUAAAGCACAUUGGUUCAGCAAAAAUGAUGUACUCUUUACAAAUGCUGGAAAUGAAGGGUGAUUUCUUUCCCCAAGCACAUUACACUGCAAGCAUUUUACUCUGCCCUAUUCUGUACAUUUUUUGUUUUCAGCUUCAGGAGUCAAAACUCAAAAUAACUGGCCAGCUUGUCUUUGAGUUGUCCUUUUCUAGCUGCUUUCCUUUUUGCUUAAUUUCUGCUUUAUAUGGCAUUUUCAGUUUCUCUUAAAUU